AACUUCAAAUCGUGGCAUAUGGAUACACAAAAAUUAAGAUUUUGUAUAGUACGGAAGAAACUGACCAAGUGAAUUCCAUGCUUCAACAUGUUGUCGUUGGCACCAAUAUAACACCGAGUGUAGGUGUAAGAAGACCUUCAGACGAAAACCUUUCACCUUAUAACGACUCAACGUAUGCAAAUGGUCGCCCACCUUCUCCAUUAGCGUCGCCAACAUUCUCUAGUUAUGCAACACCCAACGGUCCUUUCUCCACACUUGAGGCUCGUUCACGUUCAUCCUCCGUAUCUAGCGCGCAUUCCUCGGGUGGCUACCAUCACGACGAUUUUCAAUCAGAGCAAAAUUUGCCAUUGUCAAAUUCUUUUCGACAAACAACUAGUGAUUUAGCAUUGACUGCAGGUGAAGCAGCCUUCUCCAAACGUAAACAUUCACCACCCGAUCGAAUAGUUACAGACCUUGGAGGCUCUGCCUUAGAUUAUCCUCCUAGUUCUAGUGCGACUUCGUUGACUCGUAGGGUUCACAUAACCGGACAUACUCAUGAUCGAAGUAGAUCUACCUCAAUAGACGGAGAUAUUGAAGACUCUACUUGGCCAUUAGAGAGAGUAUUGCGUUGGCUCGAUGAUAACGGCUUUAGUGAAUAUAAAGAAAUCUUCGAUAUUGAUAGUCGAUCUAAAUUGAUAACGGCUAUUAGAAAACUUCGUGAUAGUAGACCAAAACGUCAGUCGUUUUCUGAGAAGGAUUCGCAGACUUUAGGUGGGAGUCCACCUCUCGAAAAUAUGCAAAGCCCCAUUACCGGUCCAUUGUCUUCAACUAGUUCAGUAAUUGGUCAAUAUUCACCUACAAAUCCAAACAUUCCAAAUGGUUCUACCUUUCAAAAUAAAUUAAAACUAUCUACUAGUGUUCCAGAGUUACGUAAUUUCAGCCAAAGGGGGCCGAUUACCAGCCCUAUAAUUAAUCCUCGAACAUCCUCAAUAGGUUGGGACAGAGAGAGUAACAAGAGUCUUUCUCCAAAUUCAGCUAUUCCUGAACAUGAAUUUCAACCAAGUAUUUCUGCUGGACUAAAAUUUGUGGCGGGGAUAUCAAUGUCACAUUUACCAGAGCAGUCACAUUCUUUUGCCGCUUCACAUUCACAUAAUUUUCAUAAUCAACCUGUUGCACAUCAGCAUUCACAAAGAUGGAUUCAAGUAACUGAUAAUAUGAAAACCUUUACUGCAACCGAAAUUACAGAUCUUGAAGAUAUCAAUUCGAUAAAAGAUACAAUAUUCUAUCAACUAGGGAUUGACUGUAAUGAAAAAGAAAAUUAUACAAUUCACGUGACUGAGUUCGGUCAAAAAGAAGGACCACCAAUUAGUGAUCUUGAUCUCAUGCAAAAAUGCAUGAAUGUAGAUGAUCGUGGUAACUUAAAAUUAUUGGUCAAGCGAAAACAACUGCAAAAUGAUUUUAAUUCGAUAGCAGAAGAUCCACAGGAUAUGAAUAGGUUCAGACAUCAUCGGAGUUUACAGCCAGCAAAUGGUGCAAUUCGUCGUCACACUAGCAGAGAACAUAUCCCUCAAGCACCUAUGUCUAUUCCUUUAAAACCACAUACCGUUCCACAACCACAUAAUCAAUCCCAGUAUUAUGGUGUUGGGCCAUAUAACCAGUAUCCCAAUAAAUACAGUAAAUCACAGCCUCAUUUGCCAAUGUCACAAAAUGUUCUAUCUAUGAACCUUCACGAAUUGCCAGAAAAUGAGUCUCCUUAUGUACAUAAACACAUAAUGUCAUCCGAACCUGAUCUUACACUUAGGAAGUCUGAUAUUCGAUCACAGCACAGUAAUGUAGUUUUUCUGGACAAUGUCGAUGAAAAACCACUUUGGCCCAAAUUGCCAGAUAGUAGUUCUACACGUAUUGACGAAGAAAUAUCUAUAUGGGCUAAGCCACCUAAACCCACAAAUCCUCCGCGAUCAUCCAAUGUAUCAAGUCCUGUGGAUACCUCGCACCAAAUUACAGAUAAAAAUAAUGAUGGCGGUAGGCUUUUAUCAAAUGAUGAAGAAUUAUCAGCCCAAAUACAUAAACGAAUUAGUCUUAAACAAAAUGAUAACCAGGUAGCAAUUGACAGAAAUCCUGCUAAUAUUGAACAAAACAAUUUACCUGAAAAUGCCGAACCAAAUAAGGAAAUUGCCAAAAUUCAAAGUAUAACCUCGCAAUCACAGCAGACUAAAAAGCGGAAUACUGGUGGACUUGCUCGAACAGUUUCAAAGCGCAGAGGCGUAAAGGUUGAAGAAUCCUGGAUUGAGAGGCCAACUGCAGAAGAUAUUUUUGAAGAUAUAGAGCAAUAUUUCCCCAAUCAUGAUGUUGAUAUGCCCAUUGUUGAUGCUCAUGGAUCUACUCAAAAUUCAUCUCCCAGUGAUGUGCCAUUGCCACAAACAACGCCAGCAUCCGUUAUUCUUGAAAAAAGUGGAGUAACAGUUUCACGUGUAAAGUCUAUCCGUGUUGUCGCUAGAGAAGCGCGAGAGCGUGAACGCACAAAUCGGAAAUCAGUUGAAGCCACUGCAGUAAAGGAGGGAAAAUUAGGUAGAAGGCCUACUACUAAACUAUGGGACAAACGUGUUGUUGAGCAAAUACCUACUGGUAAAAAAGCACCUUGCAUUUCCGGUUCGGACGAAGAUUGUACCGAAAAAAAACAAGUGAUGGCGGUCAAGCAAAUAGAGCAACCGCUAACUCCUUCAGAUAAAAGAAAUGAACGUCAUCAGGUUCAGGCAGGUGCAGGGGUAUGGCAUGUUGGAAAGAUUGGUCAUGACGGAAUUUGGAUUAAAAAAUACAUGGAAAGUCAAUUAGUGAAUGUGGAUCAUAUAACUGUAUCUAAAGAACAGCCAACUGGACGAGCCAUCAUUCAAUUUUCCCAAGACACACGAGAUAAUGCUAUAAUUCUGCUACCAGGAACGAAUUAUUUGCUGAACGAAAUUGAAGCACAAGAAGUUUUAGCCCAAGGCUUUGGAAAAGGUGAUUGGUCAGUUUUUCAAAAUGAAAUAGGACUUAUUGGUG